GUUCUUUGCCUGACACAAUGGAGACACUGCCUUACCAGUUUGACGACUCUAGCCUUUCAGCGCCUGCAAAAGGAUUUGUUUCGCACGGUGACACUUUCGUCAUUUCUGAUGAUGAGAAGGGCAAUGAGGAUGAUGAGUUGAGCCCCACGGUUGUUCUCUCCUUCUACACACCUUCUGAAUCCUACGUGGUUACAAACCUGGAAGCGCUGGAAGGCGACACAUCUGAGCAACCUGCUUUGCCCAGUGGUGAGGUUGCUGCGCCUGCAGGAGACCAGUUUGCCUCUGAUGCGAAGACAGGAACCACCGAGGACUUGGAAGACAGCCAGGUCCCAUGGACCCAAACCCCAGAACACCUGAAGGGUGACAAGGAGAUCUUUCAGGAUAGUGUGAUGGGCACAGCCGGAUGUGCUGAAGAAGUUGACCAACCUAUGGUGUCUUUAGAUGACAAGAAGGAAGAGGAACCUGCUCAUCAGGCUGUGGAAUGUGCUGUGGGUACGGCAUGUGAGAAGGGCGAGGCUGAAACGCCAUCUUUGGCUUCAUUGGUGGAGAAUGGCAUGGACCUCGCAAAUGUUCAGGCUCCUGUGGUAACUCGACGUGAACAGCUUGGCUCUGAUGACCGCUCCUUGCAGAAGAAGAAGGAGGAGGACGCCAAUGAAGACCAAGACGCUGACUUCCAAGCUGAUGCCGCUGGAGAAGGAGACUUGGCUGAAG